AUUAAGACGGUCUGUGAUCUUAAAGUUCUCCUUAGUCUAGGGGCUCUCUGUUGUAUUUUCUGUUUCAGAAAUCAGAUAUUUAAAGCUAGACAUUGCACCUUCUCUGUUGAUAUUAUUUCCCAAUUUUCAAAUGCAUGUAGGCUCUUCCUAGUUUGGACUGUGGUCUCUAACCUUUUUUUUUUCUUGAUUGUUAUUCAAAGCAAAAUAUUUCAACUUAAUUUAUAUUAAUGCAAGUAAGUAAUGUAUUAGCCUUUUGGACUAUCUGCAUAAUCAUCAUAUCUAACUAAUUAAAUCUCCAAAUUAUGAAAGCUAUGGGUGAUUUGAAACUUACACAUUUUUCACAAGUAAAGUUUAUAGUGUAGCCUGUGUCUUGUUUAAUUAUGUUGAUGUGAAAUUUUUGACAUGAACAAAGGUGAUUUUUAUUAAAAUAUUUAGUUUUCAUUAGUAGUCUAUAAGUGGGAAGAAAUUCUUCAUAGGGCAAUUGGUUUGUGAGUAGUGUGUGAGCUGACGGUGUGUUGAUUUUGAUUUUGGCUUUGUUUUGUGUGCACACCAUGGUGAAUGGAGAAGUAACCUAUAUUGUGUUCUUAAAUUUGUCACUGUUGUCUUUUAUUACCUUGGGCAGUAAAGUUGCUUUGAUUUUUUUUGAUGUGAAGAGCCUUUGCAAUCUUCAGAUCUUCUCUAUUCUGUGUGCAAAAAGCAACAUUUUUUUUUUUUUAAAUAUAUGAUGUUUGAAAGCAGGCACACAAAAACAAAUCAUUCCCUUGAUUAGAAUGUUUUCUGACUUUUAGCUUUGCAUGUGUAAAGAACCUGCUAGCUGAAGUGACUGUCAGGGCUGCCAGCCUCUCAGGGAGCACGUGGGCCUUGUCUGAUGCCUCAAGGACAGGUGUCUGCCUUGUAUAGCAGUGACGUUCAGUCAUUUGCAUCCCAUUGUUAAAGGCUUUGUGACUGUCAUAUUGAAAAAUUAUGUGGUUGGAAAUUAGUAAAACGGAACAGAAAUUGUGUCCAACGAGGUAUCCUUCAACUGCUGAGAGGUUGUCAGAAUCAUUUUUUUUAAUUUGCUUAAUGAGACACCCAGGAGAGUGACUAUUUACAUCUGAAACAGAGGAGCUCAGCAUUUCAGAAAGUCUCUGUUCUUUGUUGCUUAGUUAAUUUGACACACUAGUUAUUUAUUUUAAAAAUGAAAAAAUGGUCUUGACUUUUAAAUUCUACAGGAAAUCCUGCUCUUCUUCAGCAGACAAGUGGAUAUACUAGCUUUUUUUUUUUUUUUUUAAACUAAUGCUUUGAAUAUAUGUCAGCAACCAGGUUUAAGAGUAAAUACUGCUAUUUGGCUUUUAGAGGAUUUAUUUGCAACCAGUUUGAAAACAAUGAUUAAAUCAGUUGGUGCCUAUGAAUCUGAUGUACUAAAAGUAGUCCAGUUUAAAAUGGAUUAUUUAAGUCAUUUUCUAACUAUAAUGUGUUAGUAUGAUCCCUACUUCUGAGUAAAAUCUUCACUAACUACCCAUUUCUUUUCUCUUCUUUCUUCUUGCAUUCGUUUUUCCUUUGACUAUAUCUGUUGUGUAAUUUCAUAUUCAACCAUGGGUUUGCUCUUGAAAACAGACUGUUUCCAUUUGCCCACCAUCACCACUCAUCCGUUAUGCCUCAUCCUUUUCCCCAAACCUGUUGCCAGUCCCUGAAAUGGAUUUGCUCUCAGACAUUUCAGAGGAAGACCCCUUUGGGGAGGCCGACCAGAUCAGAGUAGACAGCUUAGCACUCCUUCCCACAGGUGAAACAUCAGAGCAGGGAGCGCCUCAAGCUGCCACUCUGGAUUCCGUGUUAGAUCCUGCUGUUGCCCCUCCUCAGCCUGACUGUCCUGCUGCCCUUCCGGAGAAGGCUCUUAAAAUGGCUGACCGCAGUGAUUCGGAGUUUGGUUACUUCUCGUUCAGUUUCUACAAAUGUUUUCCCUCUGGCUUCCCUUCCCUUCUUGACGAAGAUGGGUAUCUCGCUUUCCCCAGCCUCCCCAAGGUCUGGGUCUCCUUCCUGCCCCCUGAUGUUCAGCACUACAUCCCAAUCACCUCCCCGUCGUUCAUUCCUUCCCUCAUCCUCAUCUUUGGGCUACUUCUCUCAGCUUCUCAGUCAGUUCCUUUUUCUCUCACCUUUUCUCUUCCUCUGGCUCUAGCCCUCUGCUAUCUGGAGGCUAAAGCAAACACCUUUAAUGUUUCUUGGGACUGUGAUGUGAAUGAUAAAACAGAGGAAGAGGAAGCAGUUACUGGCACUUUUUCCUAAGCUCCACUUUGUGGAGUCAACAAGCCUGUACUUCUUCAUCUUAUCCCCUUCCGAAUACAGAGUGUAAACGUGUGCAUAAAUCUCACCACUGCCUCCCCUCAAAAUGGCAUUAUCUGUAUGCUAUCAAACAUCUUAGUGCAUGAGAACUAAAUGUAGGCACUUCUCCAGUGAUAUACUUUGAACAAGUCCACACAUUCUAAGCUGAGUGGAAAAUUACAGGACUAUUUCAUUAAUAUCUAGGACAUAUUAGAUUCUUAACAAAAGAAGCAGGAGACAGGAGAUCCUGUGUUGUCUGUAACAGUCCAUAUUGGGUCUCUCCUUUUUUCAGAAAAAUGUCAGUGCUCUUCCUUUAGGAUGAGACUUUUUGUUUUGAUACAGAACUUAGUGUGCAGUGGACUUGACUGUAAUGGACAUGUAAUAGACCUGCUUAGAAUUAUUACUCGUUCAAAAUUCCAAGCUUGUUCUUGCAUUUAUGAGAAUGUAUCUGUGACCUUUACUCCUGACAUUUGUAAGUUUAAUCUCAGAAACUCCUUGUCUCCCUGUAAUUAUACCAUUUGGGGGCUAAAUGUAUUUUAGCUGGUGUAUUUUUUUUCCCCAAACUGAAGUCAUGUAAUUAUGUGAAAGAGCCAACAUCCUUAUUUUUAACAAAUGUGUGUAGAAAGUGAAACAUGGCCUUUUGAAAAUUUAGUCUAUGUAACACUAAGUUUGGGUCUCUCAGUCCUCUAAAUUAGGUGUCUGGUUUGAGGAUUUCAUAAGAAAGAGCUUGAUUUCAGUUAUAGUACCCCUGCACUGCUAAGUCAGUGUUGACAAGUGCAGUAUGUUUUUAGUUAUUUUGCUGAGUGUUCGGGUGAUACCGUAUCUCAUAUUCUGUGGGUACUGUGAAUAUACAGAGUAAAUUGCAAAAUUUAGACCAAACCUAAAGAACAAUGUGAAGAUAAUCCAAGAGUAUACAAUAGGAGACAGCACAAUUCUCAGUUUACCUGAAGAAUACCAAAGAUCAACAUUUUAAAGAGUUAAGUGUUGACCAAGGAGUUGGAAGAUGGUUCUUAACAGAUUUUAAGUGACUGUCUCAUUUUUUACUUCUAAUAAAAUAUUUGGAGGAGUUCCCUCUUUACUGGUCAGAAAUACCAGGAAUGAUUUUUUGAUUGUUUAUUUUAAAGGUGAGCAUUUUGAACUUUCAGAUUUGAUACUAUCAUCCCAGCAAAGAAAGAAAAGAAUGUAGGAUAGGAAAUACCCCUGUGAACAUUAAACUAUAUUCCUUUGAUAUCAAAAUCAAUAUUUUUCCUUCUUGCCAUUCUUUUCCUGGUGUCAAAGUUCAACCAGUGUUUAUGUUAGUUUUAACUCCUAAAGUCAUUCUUUUUGGGCCACUAUAGAUACUGAGAAAUGUCCAGCUAUGAAAAAGUAUUCUUAUUUAAAGAAUUUUAUAAAGAAAAGUGCCUGUAUUUAAAAGAUUGCUUUUUAAAUACCCAUCAUUUCAGUAUGAAAGUAGCUAAAUAAACCAAUCCUCAUCUCUCUAGGAAAGAGAUCCACAUUUAUCAACUAACUGUUGUUCCCAAUGUGAAGCUCAGGACUUUUUUGCACAAUCGUACCUUGGAAGUAGAACAGAUUGAAUUAUGCCAUUUUUGCACUCUCAUAUUUUCUUUCCUAACAAAAAAUAAUUUCAAAAGCAGAGAGCAUAGUCUAGGGACUGAGAAAGAGUGAAGCUUCCAUCUUCCAUUCCACCUUUGCCAAGGGUCAUUUCCAUCAUUCGUACAACACUAUAGGUGAAGAAAGAUCAAGUGGCUUAAUACUCUGCAUCUGCUGAGGGCCAGACAAGAAAGGUUGGUAAUGCUAGUUCACCGUUAAGUUCAAAUACAGCUUCUUUGCACUGGUAAUAGAGUUUCCACUAACGCUCCCCUUCUUUCUGGCUGUUUGCUGUGUGACUUCUCAGGUGAAGAUGGAAGAAGAGGAAGUACACCUGGAUGAGGUGGCUGUUUUUUCCCUGAAGUUAAAUAGUGUGGCUGCUGCCUGCCCUUGUUAUUGUUGGGGUGGGAGAGGGGAAUGCUCUUUCAGAGUUUAUUUGUGACUUUCAUUUGCUGUAGCUUUUAGCCUUAAGAUUUUUUAUUCCUCUUAUUUUAAUGUCAAACUCUGGGUCGUUUCUGAUGCCUGCUGAUUGAUACACUUAUGUUUAUUUGCCUUUUCCCCCUUGUGUGUGAUUUAAUU